GCCGGCGGCCAGCGCGGGAGCAGCAGCAGCAGAGGCGGAGGCUCCGGCGCGUCUCUCUCCUCCUAGUCAGCCUGAGCCGGGGGAGGCCAGGCGGCCCGGGUGGCUGGAGGGGGGUCCGCUGCCCGAGAAUGGGAAUUCUCUUCACCAGGAUAUGGAGACUGUUCAAUCACCAGGAGCACAAAGUUAUCAUUGUUGGGCUGGAUAAUGCAGGGAAAACUACUAUCCUUUACCAAUUUUCUAUGAAUGAAGUUGUACAUACCUCCCCAACAAUAGGAAGUAAUGUAGAAGAGAUAGUGAUUAAUAAUACACGUUUUCUAAUGUGGGAUAUUGGUGGCCAAGAAUCUCUUCGUUCUUCCUGGAACACUUACUAUACUAACACAGAGUUUGUAAUAGUUGUUGUGGACAGUACAGACAGAGAAAGGAUUUCUGUAACUAGAGAAGAACUCUAUAAAAUGUUAGCCCAUGAGGACCUAAGGAAAGCUGGAUUGCUGAUUUUUGCUAAUAAACAAGAUGUUAAAGAAUGCAUGACUGUAGCAGAAAUCUCCCAGUUUUUGAAACUAACUUCUAUUAAAGAUCACCAGUGGCAUAUCCAGGCAUGCUGUGCUCUUACUGGCGAGGGAUUAUGCCAAGGACUUGAAUGGAUGAUGUCACGACUUAAGAUUAGAUGAUCUCUGCUGACCUCUUCUCAAAGACUUUGUAUAAACGAAGUGCUGGACUUACCUGAAAGCUGCAAAAAUUAAUGGUUCAGAUAUAUUUAUAAUAAACUGAUUUAAACUUUUUCUAUAAGAAGAAAAAUUAAGACCACUUAUUUGAAAACAAAGACGAAGUCUCACCUUCCAAUCUGCUUUCUCAUUAGUUUCUUCCAAAGCAAGGUUUUAAAGCUGUGAUUUACAUUUUUCUCAUAAUGAAUCCUCUCAGGACAUUGUGUAGGCUGUGGUAAGUCCAAAGGGAGAGGAAGACAUUUUUAACUUUAAGAGCUUUAUUAUCAGUACAACCCUCCUUAGUUGAAUGUUCUUGUUCCAUUAAAUCAAAAUACAAAUCAGUACGGAUAUUGUUUCCAAUAUUUUAAAAUGUAAUGUUUCUUAUAAAAGUAUUUUGCAUAAGGUUGUGUAUGUAUUGUAUAUGUACCUCAAGUUCAAGUUAAUGGUUUUGAUUUAUGUUCUAAAGCAAAGUGAAUAACAAAAAUUAAUAAUAUCCUUAAUUAUAACCAUAAUGAGAUGAGUACUGACAUUGGUGUUAAGUGCCAAUUUGUACUUUUUUCCUGUGUUCUCUGUAUUGUACUAACCCCCCAAAUUAUUGAGAUGCUUUAAAAAAAAGAGAGAAAGGAAAAAAGCUUGACAUUGUAUACCUAUUUUUUUUGUUGAUCAAAUCACACACAUGGAAACAUAUAAUCUAAUGAGUAGACUAUCACAUUCUUGGCUUCGUAUUUCUAAUGGGCACAGUUGCACAUUAAUUGUUUCCUUUAUUGGACCUUAUGCCAUCUAAAUUACUGAGCAAAUUGUUAAUCCAUUGAUCAAUUGUGAUGAAAAUUACCAAGUAAUUUUUCUAGCGUUAAUUAAAAACUGUUGUCUGAAAUGUCUACCCAGAGAAGUGUUGCCUUAUAAAUAUCAAAUAAUUUAGUUAGGUUCUUCUUAGGUAUUAAAUUACAUGUCAAGCAUUUAAAGUGAAUUUGAGGUGAAAAUUAAAGCAACAAAGGUAAUUUCUUAAUUCGAAGAUUUUUUAUUCAUCUUGAGUUGAAAUAGUUUGAGAUUUUUUUGUUUCUAUGAGUUUAGUUUUACACCAUGUGAAUGCAUUGUUUGACAACUAUAAAAUACAAUUUUUUGAUGCUUUUAAGAAUUUGGUUUAAAAAUUGAUCCACAUGACGUAUUAUUUUUACUAAGAAGUAACUUGGCCCAAAAUAUUUUGUUUGCUUACGCUACCUUUUUAUUUUAUAUCUGAAAGUCAGAGGUAUUUCUGCUAUAAACAAGCUUAUCCUAAAUGUGUUAAAACGUAUUCUUGGGUACUCUGUAUGUCUUUCAUUGCCCAGAACUCUGAAGACUAAAACUGACAUGUUUUAGAAUAUUCAAGAAAAAAAUAACUACUUUUAAUACCGGCUUUUUAGAUUUCAUGAAGAUUUUGAUGAGGAAUAAUAGUAUAUACGAUAAGCAUUGACAAAACUUUGAAAAUUCCUUUUUGUAAAGUUGAAAUAUUCACUGUCUAAAACCAAGUCAUGCAUGGGAGAUCAGUGUUUAACAUUGGAUGUUUUGUGUUUUAUAUUUAUAUUAUAAUGUUCAAAAUGCAAGUAUAACAUUUUAUUACUUGUCAGUUUGCUUUUACAAAAGUAAAUCCUAAAUUACUAAGCUUUAUUUGUUCAUAUGUUCUCAUACUUUUUUCAAAUCACAAUAAGGAUGUCAUUGUUAUACAUUAAAAACUCCCUUAAAACCCAAAUCAUAAGAGACAAGUAUUCUAUAUUGUAGCCCAGCAAAUUCACACUUGUUGUCCUUUCUAUUUUUUAAUUUGAAUAAUCACGGUUUAGUCUCUUGGAUUGCUGUCAUAUCAGUUCAACAAUAUAUACCAGCACAAUCCCUUGUCAUCAAGGUGUUGGCUAAAACUUAUUCUCAAUUGGAUGUUUAUCGCAUACACUACAUUGUUACAGUUGGUUUAGUGUAGUAGAUUAUUGACAUGGCAUCAUGAGAAUGCAUGAAAUCUUAUACCACAUUUGUAAAACAUGAUUUUGUUGUUACAGUCUACCCUUCUAGGCUAAGCAUUAGAAAUAAGGUGUUAUCUAUAUAGUUGUGCAUAAAACCAAAAUUACAGUGGGGAAAAAAAUUUUAAUUGGUAUUCAAAAAUGCAUCAAAAUUAUUUUAACAGUAUUACUUCCAGAUAAAAUGGAGAGCUUCAUGAAUAGUCAUAUUGACAAUUUAUAUAUAGUUUAAGUGGAAUUAAGCAAAGGGCAAUCAUUUUGGUUUUUAAAUAUGCUACUUUUGGAUAUAAACAAACAUUAGAGUCAUUGUGCUCAGCUUCAAAAAGAAAAAAGCUUCAUACCUCUGUACAUGUGGCUGGAUUUAAAUAUCUUGUGUUUGAUACUAAUUUUGAAAGCCAUAGGACUUCUUUUGAUAUUUUGGUAAAAGUAACCAUAUAUGCUAUCAGCAUUUAAAUAUGUUUAAUUUUGACAUAAUAGUAUUUAUAAAGUAUAUCUUACAUAUUAUAUUGAAGAUUCUUCUUUGAAUUUUCAGUUCUGUCUUCUUUGGCUCUCACAAUGGGCAAAGAAUAUAAUGAAGGCAGGCGAUUUGAGGGACAAGGCGAAGUGGGUGGGGACUAUGACAUUUUGCCUUAAGAAAAAAAAAGUGCUUUAGCACUACUGACUGGCAUUUUUAAUGCAUGUAGUUAAAGUGAUUUUAGAAGUGUGUCAUGAAAUAGGAGAGUUUCUGUUUUCUGGACUUUAAGAAGUGCCUAGGAGGUAGUUACAAUGAGACCACAGAGAAGUGCAGGGCACUCAAGGAAAAUUAGGAAGUCCCUGAGAUGUUCUUUUCUUUUUUGUCUGAGUGUAUAGUAUUAAGAUGCCUAGAAAUGGGAUUCUAUUUUACCUUCUCUGAUAGGCACUUUACAUUUCUUGCUGUGACUACAGCAACCACAUACAGUACAGACAACCUCAAAAUCUGUUUAUAUUAGUGUAAAUAGAAAAACUAUAGAUAAUUUUCUAAUUUUCUCUGCAGGCAUUUUUGAGACUAUAACUGUAGUGUGUUUUACUUUGUAUGUAAGGGAUAGCAGCAUUUCACAGAUUAUCUGUGGACUUUGGGGUCAUCUUCUCUCAAUUGCCCAGUUGUAUCUUGGCAUCAAUUCAUCUUUCAAGGCUAGGUAGAGACCAGGUUUCUUUGCAUGACUUAACUUUGACUGCUCCCAAAUAUAAUCCGGAACUUUUUGCUUGAGGGUCAGCUUUCCCGUAGCUCAGCCAUUCCUUGCUGUCUUGUAUCUUUAUUCACCAUCAGUGAAGAUAUGUCAUCUUGGUCCUGGAGGUAUUCUAAACUUUGUCUAUAUCUAUUGUUCCCAAAACCACUAGUUUCUAAACAAGUUUUCCAGUUUUUUGCUAUCCUUCCACCUCUGGCUUGAUUCAUUGAUUUGUACUUUGUUCAUUAGAGAGUAUUGUCAGAAUUGUUGAGUACAUCAAAAGACUGGCUUGCUGUGUAUUCAGCAUAUAAAUGCAAUAAUAGAAACCUUAAAUUAUUUUGUAUUUAACAUUUUAAUGGUUCUUAAUUUUAGCUUUACAUGCUGGAAAGUAGAUUCAAAAAGAUAAGAGAACUACCUUGACUUUGCCAGCUCUUUGAGAUAAUAAGUUAGAUGUGGAAAGGAUUGAAUUUUGAGUAUUAUCUCUCCAUUACCAAAAAUGGGUUUCAUUUUCGAGAAUACCAGUACAAAUAAUUUCAGUGAGAAAAAGAUGUCAAACCAGAUUUACGUAUAGUGUUUAACCUGAAGACAUCUUUACAUCCUUAAAAAUAGGCCACAUUCCAUUUUUUUCUUCGUGUUUACUUAAAAAAGAUAAACAUUAAAUGUCUAAAAGAAUUAGUAAUAAGAGACUAUCUUUACAAAAUAAACCUGUUGAAAUGGGCUUCAAAAGAUAUAAAAAUCAUCAACUGUCAUAUGUUGACUCUGUAGUUGCUGUCAUAGAAAAUACUUGAACUUUCAAGUUGCAUGUAUAUAAAAACAAAACUCUAAUAUUGUGCUCCCUCAAAGAAUGUAUGAUAAUUUUAAAACCAUAAUGGUAAAGGAAAGAAAGAAUUUAAAAACUUUGGAUGCUAAAAAGUAACUUCUAUGAAACCCUAAAAUUGUGUGUAGAAUUGUAAAGAAAUUGUACCAGGAUACAGUUGGGUUAAUUAUGCAGUAUUUUUUAUCAGUUGUCCAGCCCUUGUAUAUCCUAAACACUAAAGCUUCAAUCUUUAUGGUCUUGCCUGCUAGAUCUUUGGUAGAAAAUUCCUAUGGUCUGUACUCAAGAAGUGCCUAAAAUUGAUUCGUGUUGAUUUUUAAGUCCUCUAAUAAAUUAUAUGUUUUAUAUUGUAUUAUCUGUGUUUGGCUUACUGAUGACACAGCCCUGAGGUUUCCUAGGUCACAAUUUAUGUUUUAUUUCAGUAAAAAGCCUUGAAAUUGAAAAUACCCACAAUAACCCUCAACAAACUGCAGUUUAAGGAAACAUGAAACCAUUUUUUUUCUCCUUCCUAAUGUAAGUAUUCUGUGACCCUGAUGUUAGUUAAUGAAGAGGCUAGAAAACUGAACCCUAUUUCUUUUAAAAAUAAUUUUAACAUACAGAAAAUUAUAUUGUGUGUUGUAAAACUUAGUAAAAGUUUGUUAUGUUAAGAAUAGCCUCUUAAUUUUCCUUAUAUUUAGUGGUUAGCAAUUUUGAGUCAUACAUGUUAUUUAGAUCUUGAGCCGUUUUGUGUGUGUACCCACCAAAAUCCUUCUUCUUUGUUUAGAUUCUACUUAGAAACCAAAAUAUUUGAUAAACCCUAUUAUGUUUCUCACAUAUAUAUAUUUUUUUAACCAUAAAAUGUGACUGUAAACUCUAGGGCAAAGACUUGACCAUAUUUUCAGUGGCUUACAAUUACAUUGUGUUCAUCAUUUUAAAUCAUCCUGCAUGGAAAAUGAAAUGUGUAUAUGAUUUUAAGUUAUUGUAAUGUAUACUCUUUUCCAAAACUUCAUAUAUUGAAGUUUUAGAAUUCCUCUAAUUAUUUUUGCUUGAAACUAAUCCUUUAGACUCAGAUAACCUUUUCUUACAUUAUGUCUCUGUAUGAUUCCUUGAGAGGAGAUAAUAUCUGCAGAGCACUUUUAAAGAUACUUUCUAGGUUAAUAUUCAAGAUACCACAUUGAAGAGGAAGCUCUAAUGAGGGCUCUUUUUGGUUCCUAGAGAUGAGAUAAAUGUAUGCUAAUUUUAAUGUGUACUUAAAAUACAUUUUACUAAUUGUAUCGAUUUUAAAUAUGACAAAUUCUUCUUGUAGAUAUUGAUCUUCCUUGCUUAUCGUAUUUUCCUAGAAAAACCUAGAUGAAAAUGUGUUCCAACUAGUCUCUUUGUGUAACUCCCUCUCCCCAGUUGAGCUCUAUGUAUAUUGACAUAAUCAAAACUGCAUUUAAAACAACAAACUAGAUUACCUUUUGAAAAUUUUUAGGUUUGUUGUACUCGAAUUUCUAAUAUGAUAAAAUGGUUUGAUUCAAGCUUCGUAUGCAAGAAAAGGUAGGAAAUUUGUCUUAUCUUUAUUGUUUUAUGAACUUAUGUUUCUCUGUAUACUAGGAAAAUUUUGCACUCAAGGAAUAUUCCAAAAAGUGAUGAUGUUAGAGCACUUGGGUGCUUUUGUAUUUCAUCAGUGCUGAUGUGUUCAGUACCUAGGGAGAUCAGGCGUCAAGAUCUUCCUGAUUAGACAGCUUCACAGAUGGCUGGGAGAAAUUUUGUUUGUGCUCAGGUUGAGAGGGAGUGGCAAACUGAGGUAGGACCUCUCCAUUGGUUAAAGAAGUACAGUCAGCUGCUUUGCAGAUGUGUUAUUUCAUUAUGCUUGUAACAGUGUCAAGCUACAGAAUUGUAAGGCAUCGGGUCAGGUGACCAGUAAUAGGACCUUGUUUAUGUUGAAAUAAAAGAAUAAUGUUAAAGUAUGUUUGGGGGGAAAUGACAAAUGAGAUUUUACUGGUGAAUUUCUAUGUUUAAUAUGUACAUUAACUUUUUUAAAAAGUUGCAUGUUAACCUGGGAUAAAAUAUUGUCUCUGCUUUAUGCUUUACUGAGUACAAAGAAAAAGAAAAAAAGACUUCAGUUGUUACUCUAUUAUGUACUAUUUACGUAUACCUUUUCUUUUUGAAAGGGCUAAUUAUAAUUAUUAUUCACCCA